GGGCUGCGCGGGGAGCUGCGGCCUGGCCUCGUUUGGCCCCGUCCGUGAUGCCCGGGCCUGGCCGAGGGAGAAGGCUGUGACCUCCGGGCGGGAGCGGGGUUAAAUGGAGGACUGGGGUUACAUAAUGGCAGAAGCCGCCGUGUCCCCGCUGAAGCACUUCGUGCUGGCCAAAAAGACCAUCACUGCCAUCUUUGAGCAGCUGCUGGACUACGUCACUGAGGGGGCUGCUUUUGUGGAAGCAACAUACAGGAACCCAGAGCUUGAACGUAUAGCAACAGAAGAUGAAUUAGCAGAAAUACAGGCAUAUAAAAAGAAGUUAGCAGUCAUCGGUGAAGUGCUUUCACGGAGACACAUGAAAGUGGCAUUUUUUGGCAGAACAAGCAGUGGAAAAAGUUCAGUCAUUAAUGCAAUGCUGUGGGAUAAGGUACUUCCUAGUGGGAUUGGCCACACGACCAACUGCUUUCUCAGCGUGGAAGGGACUGAUGGAGAUAAAGCCUACCUCAUGACAGAGGGGUCGGAUGAGAAGAAGAGUGUCAAGACAGUCAAUCAGCUUGCUCAUGCCCUUCACAUGGAUAAAGACUUGAAGGCUGGCUGUCUGGUCCAUGUCUUCUGGCCCAAGUCCAAGUGUGCACUGCUGAGGGACGAUUUGGUCUUAGUGGACAGUCCUGGCACAGAUGUGACUACAGAGCUGGACAGCUGGAUUGACAAAUUCUGCUUAGAUGCUGAUGUGUUUGUCUUGGUUGCCAAUUCUGAGUCAACUCUCAUGAACACGGAAAAACAUUUUUUCCAUAAAGUGAAUGAACGGCUCUCUAAGCCAAAUAUCUUCAUCUUGAACAAUAGAUGGGAUGCCUCUGCAGCAGAGCCAGAAUAUAUGGAAGAUGUGCGCAGGCAGCACAUGGAGCGCUGUCUGACUUUUCUCGUUGAUGAGCUCAAAGUUAUCGAUCCUGUAGAAGCAAGGAAUCGCAUCUUUUUUGUUUCAGCAAAAGAAGUUCUGAGUGCCAGGAGACAGAAAGCCCAAGGAAUGCCAGAGACUGGUGGAGCACUUGCUGAAGGGUUUCAAACAAGAUUCCAAGAAUUCCAAAAUUUCGAGCAGAUAUUUGAGGAGUGUAUCUCGCAGUCAGCCGUGAAAACCAAGUUUGAACAGCACACUAUCAGAGCUAAACAGAUAAUAGAUACUGUGAAAAACAUUAUGGACGCCAUAAACGUAGCUGCAGCAGAAAAAAGAGUGCUCUCAAUGGAAGAGCGAGAAGACCAGAAGGACAGGCUGGACUUCGUUCGAAAUCAGCUGAACAUUUUGACAGAAGAUACUAAGGAAAAAAUCAAACGUGUUACUGAGGAAGUGGAAAAUAAAGUCUCCUCUGCCAUGACUGAUGAGAUUUGCCGACUUUCGGUUCUAGUUGAUGAAUUUUAUUCAGACUUUCACCCUUCUCCUCAAGUACUGAAGCUCUAUAAGACAGAACUCAACAAACACAUAGAAGAUGGUUUGGGAAAGAACCUGGCUGAUCGCUGCUCCAGUGAAGUCAAUGAGUCGAUGCACCAUUCGCAGCAGGAGAUCAUUGAAAACCUGAAACCAUUGUUGCCUUCUGGUGCUCAGAACCAGCUUCACUUGCUGAUUCCAUGCAGGAAGUUUGACCUCAGCUAUGAUCUGAACUGUCACAGUCUGUGUGCGGAUUUCCAGGAGGAUAUCAUGUUCCACUUUUCCUUGGGAUGGACUUCACUCGUAAACCGGUUCUUGGGUCCUAAACAUGCUCAGAGGGUGCUUCUGGGACUGGCAGAUCCCAAUUUACAAAUCCCUCGUCCCUUAGCUACCACCCCGUCUGCUGCCAGCCUUCCUGCUGCAACUCCAGAGAACACAUCACCUGAUGAUUUCAUGGUUCCUUUGGUAAUGAGUUUAGCUUCACUGACAUCACGGACCUCCAUGAGCAUCAUCGUUGUUGGCGGAGUGAUUUGGAAAACAGUUGGCUGGAAACUCAUCUCUCUCUCCUUAAGUAUGUAUGGCUUAUUAUAUCUCUAUGAGAGACUAACUUGGACCACUAAAGCAAAAGAGAGAGCCUUCAAGCAGCAGUUCGUCAACUACGCGACCGAAAAGCUGCAGAUGAUCGUCAGCCUUACGAGUGCAAACUGCAGCCACCAGGUGCAGCAGGAAAUGGCCACUACCUUUGCUCGGCUCUGUCAGCAGGUGGAUGUUACCCAGAAAAACCUGGAAAAAGAAAUUGCCCGUCUUUCCAAAGAAAUAGAUCAGCUGGAGAACAUACAGAGCCACUCCAAGCAACUAAGAAAUAAAGCCAUUCACCUUGAGAAUGAACUAGAUCGCUUUACAAAGCAUUUUCUUCAAAAGAGUAAAUAAAGCAUCAUCGUUACCCUUCCCAGUGAUCCUUUGUAGGACAAAGUAGAAAUUUUACAGAUGACACUUCUCUGUGGAGUCACACAAAAUGAUUUAUAUUUUUAAUCUUAUUUUGAUUACACUUAAUUAUUGUAAAGCUUAAUUUGGACUCUGACGGUGAACCAAACUGAAGAGCUGUGGGAUGCUUAUAACUGCUAUGUUUGUUCUGAAGAUUUGGGGUUAAAAAUCUUUAACACUAAAUUUCUUUGGGCACUUGAGAAUAAAAACCCAAAUCUCUUCUGAUUUUUGUUAGUGCUUAGUUGGGGCAGGUCUGGCUUCCUGGCAUCCAGGAGUUUAUGCAGGGAGAGUGCUUAUCACUGCUGUCUCUCUCCUGUUCUCAGCUGACUAGGAAUAGCCAGGGAAGAAGAAUGCUGCUUUUUCAUUUGUGCUCGUUUUGGUUUUUUAAGGAAGGGAAGUAUGAACUCCAGCGUGGUGGACAGGAGUCCUGACCAUUUUGGAAGUGGAAUUGGGUUGGGAAGAUUUUCCAGUUCUUGGAUAAAGAAACAAAAGAUGGUAACUGUGGAGCAGUCACUCAUAGAAUGCAGUAAGCUGUAGUUUCCCCGCUGGCUCCUGCAGCUGUAGCCAAGAUGGCGUUAAGUAAAAACAAAUAGUUGGUAAAAUGGAUGCUCAUCUCUGAGAGCACAGCUGGAACUCACCUCCAGGUGAAGUGCAGCAAAGAAGCGGCCGAGUCAGUGGCCUUGACCCCAUUUUUGCAUGUUGGAGGGAAAGAUUUGGGUGUCAGGCUUCUGCCAGAGCUCAUCUCCUGCACGCAGAGGUGGAGGCUGUCUGAUGGCAUUUCCUCAUCCUGACCUGCUCCUCGGUUCUGCUGUAGCACUGAUCUCUGCCCUGAGCUGUGUGACAGGUACGUGGGAGUACUUCCACCUCUGCUCACUUCUAGCAGUGCAAAGCCUCUUAACGUGGCUGCUGACACCUGCAAUCACAGAGCACCUUCGUUUUUCUAACCAGACUUUUUAAGAAUAACUUAUUUUAGAAGAGAAAGCCUUUUCAGAAUAUUUAUAUAUUUUUAUGGAUGUAUUAACAAGACUAAUGAAAUACUCAAAUUCAAAGCCUAAGAGGUAAGGAUUUGCUAUAUUCCAGUAAAUAAGGGCUAUCCUAAAAGGAGGUAGAUUUUAAAAGCUAACAGUAAUGGAAUGUCGUUAAUAACUUGAAGCUGAGAGCACUGUUUUCACCACAGUGUACGUGGUGGUGGUGGGUUCUGAUGUGCAGCAGCACAGCUCUCUGCACUGGUGUUAGCAGUGUGUGAGGUGUCUCAGGUUGACUGAGGAGAACUGUGAAAAUGAGCGACAGCCCAGCCUUUGUGUGAGGUCACAGGUGUGUGUGGGUGCUCUUGUCUGAAGCGUUGUUGCAGAGAUUGUACCCAGAUGAGAACUUUACAUGCAUGUGUUCUACAGUUAUUUAUUAAAAAAUUAACUCUCUCUUUUCUCCUGUAGUAACGUUAUUUCACAACUGUCUCAGUGGGGAAAAGCCACCCCCUUGUUUCCACUGGAGGACAAAACCCACAACCACUGAGGUUGAACCUGCAUUUCACCAAGCAGUAUUGAUUGCUUAGUUCAGUUGUAGGGAAAAGAAUCAGUGAAUCGGUACUAGAGCCUUAAAAAAAGAAGUGGCAGAUGGCACUGUGCAACAGGAGUUCUGCUGGUAAGAAUGAAGGAAUGCUGUAAAAAAAAUAGUUUUGGUCCAGGUUGGUCCCUUACAAACUUCCUGCUCUCUUCAGUGCAGCCUGACCAGGUUCUGGAGUUCAUUUAGCCUCCAAAAAGCGAUUUUGGGUUAGAAAAAAGAAUAACAAUUCUGCUGUUUAACAGCAGAAGCAGCAACAUCCAGAGUGCCUCCUGCUGAUCUGCCUCCAUGGAGCUCAGGGACAGAGCCUCCAGCUGCAGGGCAGGGGUCUAUGAAGUGGAGUUGGAAAGGAGCAUCCACACAGGGCACCCUCUGGUUAAAAGCACUUGUUUAUUGGUUACAAUAUCAACUCAUGGCAACAUCUUUCACUGAGCCACUGUACAAAUACAAAGAAAAGAUCCAUUGUGAGGGGAAAAAAAGAAAAAGCUAUAAACAGAGUUCAUAGCAAGUGAUCUUUUUUCACAGGGAAGUCUUUUUACAACAGCACUGUUAAAGAACAAAUGGCACAAGUCCCUGGUUUUUUCAAUAGCUUAAAUAAAAGCUUUAAGACUGUUUCUGUAUACAUACACGAUCCAAAGGCAGUGCAGAAUCACUUCAUAAUUGGUAACAUGACUGCAGUUAUCCAAAGUAGUCAGCAACAAGUGACAGAAGGAACCGAGCUGAUGAGAAAUGCCAGAAACUGAAGGCAAAUUAAAACCGAGAUGGUUAGAAGCAGUUUUGUUUUGGACUCCUUUGGAUGUAAUAUGUACUACAAGUGUUCAGAUGCUUUUAUUUUUUUCUUCUUUAAAAAAAAAAGAAAGAAAGAAAAGGAAAAAAAGAAAAAACACAAA